CAGAGAUGCAGAACAAGUUUCUUUGAUGAUCUAUUCUUCGAUCACCAACACAACACACAAGACACAAACGUUGUUGACUCAACAAGCGUUUGCGUUUUGCUGAAAAUCCAAAUCCUAUUGGAACUUGUUGAAGUGGAACACAACCAGAUCUACCAGUUCAAACCAUGGCGGAAACAUCAAACAAGGAAACUCUACUUCAAUUCGCCCCGAUGCAGAGCUCCGUCGAUGAAAGCUUCUGGCACAGAUUGUCUUCUUUGAAACUCAACAAGCUUGGCAUUGAUGAUUCUCCAUUACCCAUCAUUGGUUUCUAUGCACCUUGCUCACACUCUCAAGUAUCAAACCAUUUAACUCUAUUAGCUGAGUCUUUACCUUCUGAAUUGAGUGAUGAGGCAUCAUUGAUGCCGGAACCGAGCCGCGGCAACAGGAACUGGUGCUCCGUUCCGGGGAUACUUUACAACACUAACACUGUGGAAAGCUUCCACGCACUUGAUAAAAUGAGCCUGUUGAAGGAAGAGGCGCGAAAGAUAUGGGAUGACAUUCUUACUGGAAAAGCUGUGGAGGACUGUUCAGUGCUUUCAAGGUUCCUUCUUAUUUCUUUUGCAGACUUGAAAAAGUGGAGUUUCCACUACUGGUUUGCUUUCCCUGCUCUCAUGCUUGAUCCUCCUGCAACUGUGGUGAAUUUAAGGCCAGCUACUCAGUGGCUGAGCACGGAAGAGGCAGAAUCCCUCUCUGCAGCCUGUAACAAGUGGCGUGGCUCAAAAUCAACAGCAGAUGUCCCAUUUUUCGUAGUAACUAUAGAUCCCAACUCACAUGCUAGUAGUGUUAGGCUUCUAAAGGACUGGGAAGGUUGUCAGAACGAUUCUCACAAGAUACUCUUUGGAUUUUAUGACCCGUGUCAUCUCCCAAAUAAUCCCGGGUGGCCUCUACGUAACUUCUUAGCACUUAUUUCUGCGAGGUGGAAUCUGAAGUCUGUUCAAUUCUUCUGCUACAGAGAGAACCGCGGUUUUGCAGAUAUGGGGUUGUCUCUUAUUGGUGAAGCAUUGAUAACAAUUCCACUAGGGUGGAAAGAUGUUGUGCCCAAUGCUGUCGGAUGGGAACAUCAUAAGGGGAGAAAAGCACCAAGGUGCAUUAGUCUUGCACAGUCCAUGGAUCCAAGCAGGUUGGCAGUAUCUGCUGCAGAUUUGAAUUUAAAGCUUAUGAGAUGGCGUGCUUUGCCUUCUUUAAACUUGAGUGCCUUGUCUUCCGUCAAGUGUCUUCUCCUUGGAGCCGGCACGCUUGGAUGCCAGGUUGCCCGCAUGCUUAUGGCAUGGGGUGUCCGAAAAAUUACUCUACUUGACAAUGGCAGGGUGGCUAUGUCUAACCCAUUGAGGCAGUCUCUUUAUACUCUGGAUAACUGUCUUAAUGGUGGUGAAUUUAAAGCUACGGCGGCAGUUGAAAGUCUCAAACGGAUAUUUCCGGCAGUGGAAGCAGAAGGCAUUGUUAUGGCUAUACCAAUGCCUGGACAUCCAAUAAAUAGCCAGGAACAGGAUAGCGUGCUCGAUGAUUGUAGACGCUUACGCGAUUUGAUUGAUGCUCAUGAUGCAGUUUUUUUAUUGACCGAUACAAGAGAAAGUCGGUGGCUCCCGACACUUCUCUGUGCCAAUACUAACAAGAUUACCAUUACUGCAGCUCUAGGGUUUGAUAGUUUCUUGGUUAUGCGUCAUGGAGCUGGUCCUUUCAGUCACGCCCACGACUUCAGUGCUGGAACUACUAAUUCUUCAUCUGCUGCUGAUAUGUGCAUAAAUAACGCUAAUGGAAAGCAUAGACUGGGCUGUUAUUUCUGCAACGAUGUUGUUGCACCAACUGAUUCAACCUCCAACCGCACUUUGGACCAGCAAUGUACUGUGACCCGACCGGGGCUGGCUCCCAUUGCUUCAGCCCUUGCAGUUGAACUUUUAGUAGGGAUUUUGCAUCACCCUCAAGGGAUAUUAGCAGAAGCUGAUAUUGGCAAUGGUGUGACUGGAGCUAAUGAGCAACCUCUUGGUAUUUUACCUCAUCAGAUCCGUGGUUCCCUUUCUCAAUUUUCUCAAAUGAACCUUGUAGGUUACUCCUCCACCAGCUGCACGGCUUGUUGCGAUACAGUUGUAUCAGAGUACAGAAACCGAGGAAUGGAGGUCGUACUUCAAGCAAUUAAUCAUCCUACCUACCUAGAAGAUCUCACUGGACUGACAGAGUUGAUGAAAUCAGUCUCCUCAUUCUCAUUGGAUUUUGACAAGGAGCUAGAUGAUGAAGAUGAGGAAGACUUUGUUGAAAUUUAACGGGUCAGCUGUAUAGAAACUAAUUUGUGCAGUUUAUAUGAUUUUUAAACCUUUGUUAACAAAGCCUUUCGUUGCUAUACCUUAUCAAGUGUACAAAAAGGAAUUUAUAUUCUUUGUCAAUGUUAGCGAGUUGAAUA